UCAAUGUUGGUACGACUGUUGAGUAACUAGUGAGGCGUGCUUACAUUAAAAGCCACAACCACAACGUGCUUUCUGGAUUCAUUUCCUUUUCCGUUGCUAUGAACCUAUUCGUAGGUUUGUUAAUUUUCUAUUAAACAAUUUCAAAAAUAUGUACGGACGAGAACAGUGAACAGUGCAAAAAUGUUGGUUUUAUUCGAAACGGCGGCGGGUUACGCUUUGUUCAAGCUCCUCGAUGAAAAAAAAUUGGAGAAGACCGAUAAUUUGUACCAAGAAUUUAACGAUGCCGAAUCAGCUAGCAGGAUUGUUAAACUUAAACAUUUUGAAAAGUUCACCGAUACCACAGAAGCAUUGUCUGCUAUAACUGCUUCUGUUGAAGGAAAGAUUUCGAAGACUUUGAAGAAGGUCCUCAAAAAUCACGUUGAAAAUGAGCAGUUGUUGGUGGCUGAUCCUAAAUUGGGAUCCGCUAUCAAAGAUAAGUUUGAUUUGCCAUGUGUUGCCCAUACACACACUCAAGAGUUGAUGAGAUGCAUCCGCUCGCAGUUGGACAGUUUGUUGGCUGGCCUCCCCAAGAAAGAGAUGACUGCUAUGUCUCUUGGUUUAGCUCACUCGCUGUCCAGGUACAAGCUGAAAUUCUCACCGGACAAAGUUGACACUAUGAUUGUGCAAGCUGUUUGUUUAUUGGAUGACUUGGAUAAGGAAUUGAACAAUUACAUCAUGAGGUGCCGCGAAUGGUACGGCUGGCAUUUCCCGGAAAUGGGUAAACUCGUCACUGACAACAUUGCAUUUGUCAAGACUGUAAAAAUCCUGGGCACGAGGGAGAACUCCGCAUCUUCCGAUUUAUCGGACAUUCUACCAGAAGAAAUUGAGGCUAAAGUUAAGGAAGCAGCUGAGAUCUCGAUGGGAACUGAGAUUUCCGACGACGAUAUCAUCAACAUUCAACAUCUCUGCGAUCAAGUCAUCGAAAUUUCCAACUACCGCACUCAACUGUACGACUACUUGAAGUCUAGGAUGAUGGCAAUGGCUCCAAAUCUGACCGUUUUGAUCGGUGAAUUGGUCGGUGCAAGGCUCAUCUCGCAUGCCGGGUCUUUGAUCAAUUUGGCCAAACAGCCGGCUUCCACGGUGCAGAUUCUCGGUGCUGAAAAAGCUCUCUUCCGUGCGCUGAAGACCAAGAAGGAAACUCCGAAAUACGGUUUGAUCUACCACGCGUCUUUGAUCGGACAGACCAGCGUCAAGAACAAGGGUAAAAUGUCUAGGAUGUUGGCUGCCAAGGCAGCUCUGGCUACCCGUGUCGAUGCUCUUGGAGAAGAUGGAACCUUCAACUUGGGCGCUGAACAUAGGGCCAAGUUGGAAGCCAGAUUGAGGGUAUUGGAAUCCGGAAACUCGAGGAAAAUCAGUGGCACUGGUAAAGUGAAGGCCAAAUUCGAGAAGUACCAUGGUAUUAGUGAAAUUAAGCAGUACAACGAAGAAGAGGAUGUCAACUUAGACACUAAGGGAAAGAGGAAACGCGGACAAUCUACGUCUGAAGUUAAGGAAGAAGUGCAAGAAACUGAAACCACAGAGACGCCCAAACAGAAGAAAAAGAAGGCGAAAAAGGAAAAGGCGGAAGCUGUAGAAGAAUCGGAAGAAGUUAAGGAAGAGCAGCAGCCAACUGAGGAACUGCAGUCAUCUCCAGAGAAGAAAAAGAAGAAGAAGAAGAAAAGCAAAGAGGUCGCAGAGGCAGAGGAGUAGUGAAUAACGUUUAUUUGUAUAUUUGUAUAUAUUGUAUGUAUGUUUAUUUG